UUUUCAUCUGCAAUUCCUCCAAACCCUUAUUCUCCCCCAAAUUAAUCUAACUUCUCUACAUUAACCAUAAGUCUCCACAUUUGUUUUUUUCACUUUUCCAGCAAUUGAAUUCGAUCAAUUUGACUAUGAAAGAAGGGAAAUCCGUUAAAUCCAAUGUGCAUCUGCAGCAACACCAGAACGGCCACUUCUCUCCUUUCAAAUUCGCCAAGUUGUUAGAUCCAGAGGCUUCCUGGGACAAGGAUCAAUUGGGAGAUGUAUUGCAUUGGAUUCGACAAGUUGUAGCUCUUGUAUGCGGUUUGUUAUGGGGUGCAGUACCUUUGGUUGGAGGCAUUUGGAUCGUCAUUUUUCUGCUCAUCUCCUCUGGGAUUAUUUAUGGUUAUUAUGCUAUGAUCCUAAAGAUUGAUGAGGAAGAAUUUGGGGGUCACGGAGCACUUCUCCAAGAGGGGCUUUUUGCUUCAAUAACGCUCUUUCUGCUGGCCUGGAUUCUAGUAUACAGCUUAGCCCACUUCUGAUAUGCUGCUUUCUAUCAACAAUUUGGUUGCCACCUCUGUCUCUAAAUGCCAGUUCAGGGAUACAUCCAUGUUAUAUGAGAAACCAUUCCUCAUUCUCUGAAAACAAUCAGAAAUUUCUCAUAAUUGUUUACGUUUUACUUUUUAUACAGUCAACAUUUUGAUUUUGCAGAGCAAGAACAUGCUAGUUCUAAUUUGGUCAUACCAAAUAGAUUUUUUUUUAGUAGGUGUUUUCAUCAACAUCCCACAAGAUGCAGUAAUUAAUGGUUUCUGCACCUCCUGAUGAUCUAAAUAUCAUGUUCCUAGCCUCAAAUAAGGAGGGGAGUUUGGUUUCUAGGUUUCACAGGAACAAAUAUUCGGCAUUCAACUGCAUUUUCCAUGAAUUGAAUUUUCUGACAAAGUUGUAUGUUUUUGCUAGCGUGUUCCAUGGAAAUUCUAGUGCAUUCAAUGUAAUUUC